AUGACAUCACAUACAGAAAAAAGUACAGCAGAAGAAGAUUCUGAUAUUAUUGAAUUCUUGAACCGUAAGUUAGCAAAUCUUUCAGUGGAGUCUGAUGCUGCUGCAGAAGUAUUAGGAAAAAACGAUGACGGCUUGCCAGUUUGUGAAGUGUCAAUGCUGCUGCCUCAAUAUGCACAAGUUGUAUAUAAUGCGCUUCAUUCUCCAGUGCGUCAGUUACGACUUGCUGCAGUUGUAAGACUACGAAAAUAUUUAUCCUUGCAAAAUGUUGAUGAAAGAGUUGAUAAUGUCUUGGCGCUGGGAAUAAUACCAUUAUUGAUAGAAUUUCUUGAAUGUUAUCAUGAUAAUUUAUUACAAUAUGAAACAGCCUGGAUAAUUACUAAUAUAGCCGCCGGUUCCACUCAUCAUACUCAAGCUUUGGUCGCCGGUGAUGUAACACAACACCUUAUUAAAGUGCUUUCCACGUCAAGCAAUAUCGAAGUUCAAACGCAAAUUAUAUGGGCAUUAGGCAAUAUUGCCGGGGAUGGAGCCGUUUUCAGAGAUAUUAUAUUAUCUGCUGGAGUAAUCGAACCUUUACUAUAUAUUUUAUCCCAUUACGAUAAAUACGACUACAUGGCUGUCAGGAUAACGGUCUGGGCAACAGCAAAUAUGUGUCGCGGAUGUCGUUGUUCUGAUCCUUCGUGGUCUCUGAUUACUCCUGCUUUUCCAAUUUUGGGUGCCAUGGUACAAUUGAAUGAUUCUGAAAUUAUAUCUGAUGCUUGUUGGGGCAUGUCGAGAAUUUUGAAUGGAACGCAUAAGCAUAGAGAGCAUGCUUUAGUUAGUGACAGCACGUUAUGUCUUCGAUUAGUGCAGCUUUUGAGUGAGGAGAGUCUUACUUCUUCUGUACAUCUACCUGUUUUACGAACUUUGGUUAAUAUAGCGUCUGGUGCAGAGAAGCAAACACAAUCAGUUAUAGAUGCUGGUGCAUUGACCGUUUUGACUUCUUCAUUUUUGACAACUAAAAAUUUGACGUUAAGGCGUGAUGCAUGUCUAGCGGUGUCAAAUGUGGCUGCCGGUACAUACAAACAGGUAAAUGCUGUACUUACAGAACCAAAUCUAAUGGAGAGUAUUGUGGCUUUACUUUGGGAUAGUGACAUGAAAGUCGUUAAAGAAGCUUGUUGGGUUCUUAGCAACUCUACUAGUUUGCAUAAUCCUGGUCAUAUUCAAAUCAUCCUUCAACACGAUAUUCUCACACCUCUUCUCCAUCAUUUACGUAAUCAUGGAACACCACACGAAAUAUUAAACAAAAUUGUCGAUACAUUAGUCAAUAUCCUUUCAGUUGGUGAUUUGUCUGGUCCAAAUUCAUCUCAGAUAUUGGCUAAUGAAUAUGCUGACAAAUUAGCAUCUGCAGGAAUAGUAGAGGCGUUGAUUAUGACUUGGAAUAAUCCUGUAGUAAAUGAAAUUAUUAAAGAAAAGGUGCGCGUAUUAUUAGAACGGUGGUUCUGUGGAUACUUACCUCGCAACGAACAAAGUGGUGAAAUCGAAGAAGAUAUUGCGUCAAUUGAAGAACAAGUUUCAAGAUUGACCAUUAUGGGAG